GGUUCUUGCUAGUACAUCAUAGAUUAGUGUUCUCCCGUCUGAAGAAGUCAUCCUAAUCCUCGUAAUGAAGUCCAGCGCAACUGCUGAACUGAAGUUACUUAGUACAAGAACCAGUGCAGCAGUGGAACGAGGGUGAUGAUGACGGGUGUAGUUCCUCAGACUCCUGCAGCGGUGGAACAUCAUGUCGUCUCAACCGGGCGCUCUUAAGGCUAGACUAUCUAGUAGGUCCGAGUAGUUCCCGUCUGGACUAUGUAUGUUGAGUGGACUCCUUCCUAUUAUUUCAAUGUGGCGGUCAUUAUGAGGGGAAGAACGGAGGCUCGAGGAUACAUGUUCUCCCUGUGGACGGCGAGUCAACUCCUAUCUUAUCCUAAGAAAGGGAACCCACUCAACCACGCAUAGUGAAAAACUACUUACCUUUAAGGUUCAGAGAGUCCAGGCUCUGCCGCUGUGGAAUCGCAUACAACCUGCCAACCUCUGAAAGAGGCGAGAAAAGCUGUGGAGGUUAGUUAAGGCCCGCACAUGUCCAUGUUUUAGAAGAUCGAUAAGUAUAACAGACUAUUUAGUCGCCAGUAUCGAUAAAAUCGUUUUUAGUUUGGUACACGUACAGCUACGCCUACAGGGGCUCCUCAUUUACUUUUCGACCUACAUAAUCUAAUCCCGCCAUCGUCAUCAUUUUAGCUUUUGCAUGCUGAAGGAGAAGGUGUUGUAAGAUCAUCACUGGUUCUCGUACAUGUAGAUCAUCUUCAAGAACAGUGGUUCUCGUAGUACUUCUACAUAUAAUUUAUAGUUUGCUGUAACUUCGUUCACGUACAACACCUACACGUAGACGUAGUCGUAGAGGAACGUAAAUCACUAAAAUAGUGAUUUUGUGAUUUUCAUCAGUAGACGAAACCAAAAUUUUGAAUUUUCUCCUGCCGAACCAGCGGUAUCUGUCUCUUCCAACUUGCAACGCAGAACAGAAAGUCAUAUGUGAACGUGAACGCACUCCGGAAUACGCUAGACGCCGUGAAUGCGGAGCUAGCUGAGAUAGUUAUGGAGGACGAUUGGUUACAUUUCUUCUAGCGGAGAAGAUAGGGAACAAAGUUAUAGCCCUUGUUCCCUCCUCUUUUGGGCACUUCAAUGGCCCCGAACGCUCGCUCCUUUGUUUUGAGUGAGCUAACUCCUAUCCUAUGCUAGGUGUACGUACGCACCAUCUGCAUCACUUCUAAUGCCAAAGAUGAUCCAGAAGAGGAAGCACCCCGCGGCCAAGAAGACUCAACGAAAGAUGCUUCAGCGCCAGGAAAAGAUGGCGGCACAAAUAAAUUGGCGACCAAACGACCGCAACAGCACGGUGGAGCGACUUCUUCAACUUCACCAGGUGCAUCGGUUGAUGAGCACGUCCACUUGUUACGGCAACCUCCGCUUCUAAAGUUAGUUGAUAGAACUUAUGUAGGAUGGACUUGGAUGGAUCGGAUGGACCUUCCUGAUUCUUCCAAUCCUACUCGAAAUGGUGGGAAGUCCAUCCGAUCCAUCCUAUCCCGAACCCAUCCGAAAAUCAUGGCACUUAUAAGGAAAAUCGUGGUAGAAGGAAAAAUAAAAGUCCGCUUCUAAAGUUGGUUGAGUCGGCGGCGCAGACAGCACGAGGGGCUUCAUCUGUAGCGCGCAGUGUACGUAUAAAAGACCCAGAAACGGGCAAAGAAUUGGAUCCAAGAACGUAAUUUUUGAUGAUGAGGAGUGUGUUAGCCUAGUAGAAUCAGUCACAAAUGCACAAUCUCAGGAGCAACAUAGAAGUUUUUCUAUCUGUUCACGACCACUUCUCAUCAGAAAAAAUUCAAAAUUCUCAUCCAGGCCUCCACCACACCCUGGCUCAAAAGCUGUGCUCCUGUUGAAUGCCGACGUGGAGAAGUCCGACAGUGGUACCCCAAUACGGAUAAAGUCAGCCCUCGCAUCACCAGCAUCGCGGAAAAGCACGCCAAACAGGAACGUUUCGUUUCAAAGUCGGGUUUCGGUUGUGCAGGUAUUCAUCAGUACCACUCCAGUACAUUGAGAUUGUGAUCUAGUACCUCUUGCCAGGCACAUCAAUCAAUCAAUCAAUCAAUCAAUCAAUCAAUUCUGAAAAAUCUAAUCACACCUCCUCCAUAAAAGUUGUUCCCAUGAUGACAACUUCAGCAUUCACUCCUCAACAAGAACAACACAGGUAGAAAGUAUGAAGAGCUACGCGACUAUGGGGCCACGAAGGGUAGAGUAUAAUAGCGGAAUAUGUUGUAGUGGUUCGAGUCUGAUACACACACCACCAAGAUCCAUACCUGAUCAUACGGGAAAAGUCGUGCGUCUCAACAUCGUCUUACAAACUAGCAGCACACUGUUUGGAGCGCAUCCUGGUAUAGUCUUACAAACUAGCAGCACCACACUGUUUGGAGCGCAUCCUGGUAUGGUACCUAUAUUAUAGUAUAGUAUAAUACUAACUUGGAUUAGGAGAUGUUCGUAACGAUAGAUACUUAGAUUAGAAAUCAAGUAUCGGUAUCCACCAACAUGAUGAUAAACAUUCAUAAUUCAGGCACAGGCUCUCACUAAUUCAUUCAUCAGGUCUCAGGGAGAUGGAUGUUCUGCAGCCGCCAAAGGCGUUGAGGCACAAAGGCGUACCAAAAGAUACGUGGGCCACUAUAGUUGGUGGCUUGCGAACACUGCAGCAGUACUAGAGUUUUUUAUAGAGAGUUUUUUCGACCAGGCUGUCUAUAGAGAGUUUUUUAUAGAGAGUUUUUUCUCAUCCAUCAUAAGGAUCAAUUCUCUCUCAGGAAGCAUUUUCCGGGCCAGGUGAGCCAAAUUCUUUUGUUAUGAACGGAUCGUGGAUCUCGAGGACCUUGACGCUUCUUAUUAUCUGUAUCAUCUUCUUCCGAAAAAUCAAAAUCUCACUCACGCCUACAAUUUUCUGGUACUUCGCUCUACGCGGCUACUUUAUUAUCUAUCGGUGACUAUCAAAGGUGAUGGUGAAACAAAAAAAAGUCAUGUCGUCACGAAAGGCGAUAUCAGGGGCACGAACAUGACAAACAAAAAAAGUGUUGUUGUUAUCACACCUGAAAAGAGAAUCUCUUGCUUCUAAUCUGACGAAGGAAAGGCAACAGAGAAGCGUGGGACAAGGAUUUCCGAGCUUGGGUAGCGGAAGCCAAUACGCAUUUACAAGGGUUCGGAAUUCUUAUGAAGCCAGCCUCUUACUGCGAGCCAAGGGAAAAUCGUACUACUUUUUCUGAAGUUUUCAAAGUAAGCAUCACUCUAACAACUUAUAUAUAAUUUUCGCUCCUCGUCGUGGUAGGACGAAAAUUGAAGUAGAUGGUCUUGGGCGUGGAAGACAAACUUAGGGCUUAGCUUUAGCUUCUGUUUCUGUCGCAAAAAUGAAAUGUUGAUCUAGGACGUUCUUUACGCCACCCCCAGCUUGAUCUUCCACCUACUACACUGAUCUAUCAACAAACACCUACAAGAACUACAAUAAACAACCAAAAAGGUCAAGGCAAGAUCGAGCGGUGGUUAUCCUUCGCUUUAUCCGCCGACGAACGCGCAGUGCUACAAGAGGAGUCCACGCUAGCGGGAUUUGUUCGACCAGAAGACGUUGACUUCCUAGUUCAUCCACCCUUCUAAGUCAUGCUGAGAGAGAACAAUUGUUGUAACUCGGGUCAUCUUCAGCAGCACGAAGAGUGCUACCAUCACUAGAUCUAGAUGCUGUUGAUGAAGCACAUUCUAUUAUCAAGCCUGUCUUCACGAAGUAGAUCACGAUCAACCUGCCUUAUGGUUAUGCUUUUGCUUUUGCCGGAAAGUUAUGCAGUUGAAGAAAGAAGUUGUUGAAGUAUAAUAUAUUAGUGUAUCAUGAUAGAAGAAUGUGGAUAUUAAUAUUUUUAGGUGCUUUUUACAAAGUAGGACGUUUCGAAAUUGUGGCUAGCAUUAUUCGUAUCGAUUAGAGCAUGCUGGUCCACUCACAAAUCACUGAAGUAGUAUCUUCUAUGAGUUGUAGUGUCGCUACUAGUAGUAGUUGCAAUUGCAGCAGAGUUUGAAUUGUUCUCCUAGUCAAGCCCUUUUUUUAGUUAUCAACCAAGUCUUUUUGGGCAUCCCCCGUCACUUGUACCUACAAAAGCUUUUAGAUAGAGUAAAAAAGAUGAAGCUAUACAUUAUAAUGAUGUUUUAGAUUGAACAGAAUGUGAACAUUCUUGGUGUCUUCGUAGAUAUUGAACAGCGAGGUUUACCGAUCCUUCGAUGCAUAACCACGACGUGUGUGCAUAAGUAAUGUAUGUGGAGAAUGAGAACCAAACAGAAACAAGCAUGAUAUUGAUAAUGGUUUUAGUUUUAGAGCAUCAGCAUCAAUGUUGAAAAUAUGAAGGAAUAGGAACUCGAAAGUGUGACGAUUCUGUCAGUAUUUAGCGUCCCAUGUGUCUUCAUCUAUCGUAACUGGACGGUCAUGUGAUUUUCUGUAUUUUAGACCUUUUAGUGUUUUCCGAUUCCUUCAUAACAUCAAUGUAUAUGUUGUAGAGUCCCUAUUCGAUUCUCGAAUGACGACUUAAAACUUCUUGACCAUGAUGUAUUGAAGGCGACUCCACCUAGUUUCUAGGUUGUUUGCAGCCUUAUCGUGGAGGUUUCGUUCAAAUGAGCAGUUGUUAGGGGAGCUGAAUUCCGCAAUUGGCUCGCCGCCUUUGAUUUUCACUCUCCUCAAUCCCGUGUCUAGAUGCGUGGCUCUGACUGACAUCAUUGGUAGAGUCUGUUGAGAGUCGAGUGAAACCGAAGUGCAUAAAUGCCACCUACCUACCUGGGUGACUUUUACGCAUUUUGGUGACCCGCCAGUCGCCUUUUGGAAACUGAUUGGGGUCUAGAGUGUUCCCGACAUCUGUUAAGUGUGACUCGAGGGGCGAGGACUUGUUUACGGACAAAAAGCAGAAGGCUGGAAGAAUAGAAAAAUUUCGGAUCUUGCUCGCAGCUUAAUUAAAAGGGGGAGAGCGUCCCAUCGCUCUCCCUCGCCGAUCCUUUUAUCUCCCGCCCGCUCUUAGCAGAGUUGUGGCUCUCAGGCAUAGGGUAGCCCCUUUGGUUGGAGUAAGCCCUCCGGUUUCUGUUUUUCUUUUUGGUUAUUUUAUGGCGAUUGCGGAAGCGGGACGCGGUUGAGGAUGGUGCACGGGGCGAAGGAGGGAGCGCGAAGCAGUGAAGAUAAGAAAAACUAGGCUAGUGCACUCCCAACAACGAAAAACGUGUUGUACUUAGGGCGUUAGGCCAGUAGACAUUUAUGCCUAGUUGUUCACUUGUCAGAUGACUGCGCAUUAGUCAAGAGCAAGCAGGGUUGGCGGCCCUGCCCUCGUGCCUUGUAGGCCGGCGCAUAAGAGCGGGACGGUUGGCAGCCGGUGGAGGUUUAUAGUAAGUAAUUAAUUAAUCACCUCCUUUGCCCCUAGAUUUUUCUCCAUUUUAUAACCGACGGGUUCGUAGGCAAUUAGUGCGCGGUAGUAUAAGGAGGUUAAUGCACUCCACCCGUCGCCGGCAGGUACACCGGACAACACUGGGAUCACCCUUCCGGCGUUCUUGGCAUACAAAAAAAAAAAAUGGCUGCGUUGGAGACUCAUGAAUGAAUGAAUGAGUCUGAGGAGGAAGUUGCAUGUCGAAUUCUUGGUAAAAAUGAAUCGACCUCACAAGAACGGAUAACGAUAAGCUGCUCAAUGAUGAAGAAGAGGUUAUAUGUAGAUGUUGUACCACGAGAAGAGGAAGAGCAUGGGCAUGUUGCACAUGAGCUUGACCUAUCAUGUAUGCUGACUGGUCCUGGGAG